AUGUCAGAAAUAAAAAUAAAAAAAGAUCCAACGGGGUUUAGUAAAUCAAUUAUCAAAAAGUAUGAUGACAAUACCGAGUUUUUCUUUCAUAAAUUGGAAUUUCUUGAUAAAAUUAUACUAAACAUAGCUAUUAAUGGUGUUCAAGAUACUACUUUUGAAAUACCCAUGACAACUAAAACAACCAUAAAUUACAUGUCAGCUAUAGAGCAAGAUUUCGAAGAUCAAAGUCCAGAACCAAGAUUAAUAAUAGGUAAUCAUGAUAAUCUUAAAAUUCACAUAGUUGCAAGUCAAAUAGGUAAAUUAAUACUUCAAUCAAAUCCAAAAGAUUUAAUCAUCUCAAUUGGAUCUAAAUGGUUUGGUAAAGGUGAUGAUAUAGAGAGUGAUGAUUUUGAUAAAUUAAUGUUUGUGCUAGCGAAUGUGAAAACUUUACUUCAAUAA